CAUGCCGCCGACGUGUCGCUGUCAAGCACAGGAGGCAGCGGCGUGGGGUCUCUGAAAGCGCCCCCUGUGGACAACUCCCAUGUUCGACAGAAGGGAGGAGAGCUGUUUUCGCGGCAGUGGAGCGAGGAAGCGGUGCGACUGACGUUCCGCUGCCGUCUGACGGAGCAGACCGAGGUCAACUGGGAGACGGUGCUGUGCCAGGGCCGGCUGUACGUGCAGCUGCCGUCCUGUGUGCUGCCCGAUGGCUCUCGCGAGGCCUUUGUCACACUGCUCGAGUUUGCCGAGGAGCAGCUGGGUUGCACCCAUGUCCUGGUCUUCUUCAACAAGGACCGCACCGACAGAGCUGGCAUCGUGCGCACGUUCAUGUUCCUGGGCUUCACCGCACUGGCCCCGGGGCAUCCGCUCGUGCCGCAGUCAACUUCUGAAGGGCUCCUCUACAUGGCAUACGCCAUUGAGUGAGACGUGGGAGGCCAUCAGUAACCCGGCAUCCUUCCUGGCUCUACUGCUGCACCAACAGUUUCUUCGUUUUGUUCCUUUUUCUGCAACUCUUUCGGGGAGGAGAUCCAAAGCGUGUAACCUUUUGAGUGUUCAAGCAUUAGCAACAAGAAAAGGGGCUUCAAAGUUGCGGGGGCCAAAUUCUCUUGGGUUGGGCGGCAAAUUCACAAUUGGGAUGUUGUUCGGGGAGGGCAUUUUCAGAGACCGCGCGUUAAACUUAGAGCUUAGAAACCACAAGCGAGUGUUUAGUAGUUCGUUAAACCAAGAAUUUCGUUACCUGUUUAGCUCCCAACGUGACCUAGGCAUGGCGGCGUGAUUCCGUUGAACUUCUUUCUUUCUAGUAAAGAAUGUGUCAUCGAUGUUCGACACGUAAUUGUUCUAUAAGGCGUAAUGUAGAUGUUCGUUUGGGACCAACGCAGUGUUUUAGGGCAUAAGUUAGCCUUCUAGAUUGCAAAGAUAGCAAGCAUG